GUGAGUUUUUUUUAUUUUUUUUUCAUUUUUCAUCUCCAUUUAUUUACCCGAGUCCGACGUCGCCUCGGAUCAAUGGGGGGCAAGGUUACCGAACGGCCUACUGCAUAGUUAAAGUCUUCGAAGUAGUGCAAAUAUCCACCAUAUACAACGCACUGUACUCGGACAGUGCGUUGGUAAUCGCAUUCUUGUUACUCCGAACGGACCUCGGGGCGUCCAAUUGUCGAUUCCCAUACGUAACGCGAAUCGUUUAUUCAUUCCGUCUGCACCGAUCCUUGAAUUUUACAAUCGGCGCGUACCCCCGUAAACUACCGAAGCUCGACUCCGUGACGUAAGACAAAUCGUUGGCGCGAACGAUAACUCGGGCAUUAAUGGGAAAAUAGGAAAAAUCUGACGAGUUUGUUUGGCCGCGAAAUCUGGAUGGAAAAUUAUUCAUCGAUACCCGCGUAACUGUCCUCACUAUUGUUUGCGCCCAGUUGAAAUUUUUAGCAAUAAAGAAAAUGGAAAUUAUACAAUACAGUUAUUGGGUUGCGCAACCGUAUAUUAUAUAUAUAUAUAUAUAUAUAGUUAUUGUUAUUUCUUUCUUCUGUAAGGUAAACUCAUCGAUCGCUUCGUGUGCAAUUCUCCAAAAUUUUAUCACACCAUAGCUAUUUACUUUUUUCUUCUGUAUUGGCAAAGCGCAACAAGUGCAACAAUUGACAAACUCCAAUGGUCAGCGAAUAUCGCGCAUAGUUUGCACAGCGGUUUGGUCAGCAUUAUUCCAACUCGAUUUUAAUUAUAGUACGUGGUACUCGACGCACCACCUCGCCGCAGACAUGACGUGUCGAUUCCUCUCUGCAUUUUCCAUCGUUGCACUGGUCCUCUUCGGCCAGCUGCCCGACGUUGAAUCGAACGCCGACAUACCCGACUUUCUGAAGAUCUGUCGUCGCAGCGACCCGAAAUUGAACGAAUGCGUACGAGAUAGCGUCGAGAGUCUGAAACCUUAUCUGAAAAAUGGAAUUCCGUCGCUGGACAUCCCCCCCUGCGAACCGCUUCACGUUCCUCAAGUCGAGAUCAAGCAGGGCGCCGGACCGGUAUCGAUAAAAUCCACCUACAACGACAUCGAAGUUCGCGGGGCCACCGAUUUCCUGCUGAAAAGUGUCAAAAUCGACCUUGACAAGGAGCGAACCAGACUGAAACUCUUCCUUCCCCGGCUGGAGAUGACGUCCGCCUACACCAUGGAGGGAAAAAUUCUGAUGCUCCCGAUAGCCGGUGAGGGAAAAGCCUGGGGCAAUUACACCGAUAUAAACGCCGUGGUUACUACGCAGGGUGAAAAGUACGAAAUGAACAAAGAGACCUACUUCCGGGUAACCGAUUUUUACGUCGACUUCAACGUCGGACACGCUAGUAUACAUUUGGACAAUUUGUUCAACGGCGACGAGACCCUUGCCGACGCCAUGAACUUGUUCCUCAACGAUAACUGGCAGACGGUUGCCGCCGAAAUAAAACCAGCUCUCGAAGACACCGUAGCCGAACUCUUCAAGGACUUUGCCAACCGAAUCUAUUCGAAAUAUCCCUACGAGGUACUCUCACCCUAUUGAUUGUAUCGAUCGAAUGAGUACGGCUAGAAUAAUAAGAGACCAGCGAUUCUGGUGAUUCGUGU